UUCUUAAGUAAUACUGGUUGGAGUGGUGCGAGGGUGUGUUGUGCUGUGUGUCCGGGUGUUCUAAGCGUGACGCGUGAUCGGUUUGUUAACUCCGUGACCGGGAACACUGUGUGUCAAGGAGGGAAAAAAAACCUCUCCUCCUCCCGUGAUAGAGAGAGGGCCGAGGGAGUGCCAUGCGUUACGAAUCCACGGCAUCUUCGCACGAUGACUGUUUAGUUUAGCAUAGAAGAAGCCACGCGCUGUCUCCUCGCGGCUGAAUUCGAUCGCUGAUUUGGAAAUGCUCGUAUGAGCCUUACGAUACGACCUGGGUUUUAGUUCAAGAAGCUGAAAGAAAGACUAAAAACAUGGGAUGCAAUGCGGGCCGAUGCCUCGGUCCAGACGAUACGGGGUACCCUGGAUCAGAAUUCAUGGCAGCCAUUAGGAAGAAAUUGGUUAUCGUGGGUGAUGGUGCUUGUGGUAAAACAUGCUUACUCAUAGUCUUCAGCAAAGAUCAGUUUCCCGAAGUGUAUGUACCAACGGUAUUUGAAAACUAUGUCGCGGACAUUGAAGUCGAUGGGAAGCAGGUGGAACUGGCUCUUUGGGACACAGCUGGACAAGAAGAUUAUGAUAGGUUGCGCCCAUUGUCGUAUCCUGACACGGAUGUAAUCCUAAUGUGUUUCUCAAUCGAUAGUCCCGAUUCCCUGGAGAACAUUCCUGAGAAAUGGACACCAGAGGUGAAGCACUUUUGCCCAAAUGUGCCCAUUAUCCUUGUUGGAAACAAAAAAGACUUGCGCAAUGAUCCAAAUACCAUCAAGGAACUUAGCAAGAUGAAACAGGAACCAGUAAAGCCAGAGGAAGGUAGAGCCAUGGCUGAGAAAAUCAACGCUUUUGCUUAUCUUGAAUGUUCUGCUAAGAGUAAGGAAGGUAUUAGGGAAGUAUUUGAAACAGCCACCCGAGCUGCGUUACAAGUAAAGAAGAAGAAGAAGGGAAGAUGUUGGCUUCUUUAAGUAAAAUGCCAAGCGAGCCUGAUAGCGGGCUAAAUAAUGGAAUUGCGGAGCUAGCUGCAAUGAAGCUAGUUGUUAUGCUCGGAGGCCCCCAGCGGAAACCAUAAUAUAACAACAACUUAUCUUUAUUUUACACAAUAAAACAAAUCUAUAUAUAUAUAUAUAUAUAUUAAAAAAAAGAAAAACAACCACAAACCGCGCCCGCAAUAUUAAAAAAGAACUGUCGUUGAUGAAACCGGAGACUUAAAACGUUGACUAAAUUCAAUACAAGUUUAUGUGCUAUAUAUGAAAACCAUAAUGUAUAUUGUAAUGACUACUUGAUUGUAUUUUUUAAUGGUAAUGAAUUGUGCUUCGAGUUUAAACAAUUGUCAUACCAACUAUUUACAUUUACGGUACAUAAUUAUCUAUAUCAUUAUAGUAGUUAUUACUAUUAUUAUUAGUAUCUCAUUACUAUUGUAUGCAUUCUACAUCUCUUUUUUUUUUUUUUAAAUCGUAGUGGCUGUUUAUUUUUUGGUAAUAAAAGAAAAUAUAUGGAAGAAACGAACGACAGAGUUGGGGGAAUUCGUAACAAAGUAUAAAGGGUGAAAGGGGAGAGUAGAAACAUAAUAUGCAAUGCAAAGUCAUAGAAAGCAAUGUAAGAAUUUAAAGCAAAACGUUAAGAAUUCCAAAUGUUGCGUCGCUAUUUUAUUGAACCAUCGCAUUAUCGAUAUUUCUUAAACAAAAAAAAAGUAACAAACAUUAUAUUAUAAUUAUAAAAAAUGCGUAAGUAGACCACCGGAUCACUUUGAUCUAUAAGAAUACCAACUAGGCUAAAUGUAUUAUUAUUAUAAUUAUUAUUAAUUAUUAUUAUUAUUAUUAAUUAUUUUUAUUAUUGUAAUACGAUGACACUAACAUUACGGAUUAUAACAGCGGAUAUAUUAUAUUUAUGUAUUUCGACAACA